GCCGAGUAGCACUUUUUUCUUCACGGACGUCCUUGUCCGUCAUUGCAGCAUCUGCAUCUGGCGAACAAGUUGCUCCUCGUAGCUGGUAGAUACGGGGAUACCAAGUGUGCGUUUUCAGAAAUCACCAAACUAGCCUAGCUCUAGGUGAAAGCGAGGUUCUGGGCACAAAGAAAGAGAAGCGGUGAUCCUCCGGGCCUGGACAUUGCUCGGAGAUUUUUAUGGUUCAGUAUCAUCUUGAAAGUGCCGAGCUGAAUACAAAAAGCAAAGUACGUGAAAAACAGCGUAUCUGGAAACAAGAUCAAGAUGACAGACACCAUCGCCAAUCAACCAAAUGACGGCCAAGUGCUGGCUAUGGCAACGCUUGCUCCACCUGGUGUUGCUCAUAUGGCGCUGAAUCCAGCGCAACCAUCUCCUUUACCUCCUGCCCCUGGUUCGUCUUCGCUUUCAGAUCCACAAACAUCUGGCGCACCCGGGCAGCAAGGACAAAAUCCACUUCUCAUUCCAGUCUUACCGUUUGCCCUCCCACAUUUAUUCCCCCAAUCCAUGGCACAACCGGCUCCCACUCCGGUGCGGUUACCUCCCAUGAAUGUAGAACCACCUCAAACGCCUGUCAGUCAUCAACCACCGUCUCCAACCGGUGAUGACUCCAGUCAGCAAGGCAGUCGCAACACGUACUUCAAAAAGUUGAAUUGGGUCAAUGCUUCCCCUCAACAUUUUAGCACUGAUGACGCAUCUGUACUUGGAAAGAAAAGGCGACGACGCACCUCGGCCAUGGAACUGGAAGUUCUGGAGGCUCAUUUUCGGAGAAACCCGCUUCCAAAUGCAUCGGAGCGUGAACAGCUUGCAAGGGAAACUGGAAUGACCGCGCGAUGCGUUCAGGUUUGGUUUCAGAACAAACGUCAGAGCUUGAAAAAGAAGGUUGCUACGACAGAACGACGAAAGUCAUCCAUUCCUGAUAGUCCGCUCAAACAAGAGCCAAAUGCAUCGCUGGGCGCUGGCUCUGUGACUCCGAAGUUCUCUGUGACAUCACCGUCAACGUCUACCAGUGUUCCCUUCCUCCCGAUAUUCCCAGGUUCUACUGGGUCGUCGUUGCCACCUGGUGCUUCCUUGGCCUCCCUCUUCCAGAGACCGAUCAUGCUUCCACCUCAGCGUGCGCAAACACCUCGCCCUAUCCGUCCGGCAGCUGGCGACGAAGGCCAUGAUAUGGCAGCACUGGCUCUAGUAAAUCUUUCUCAGUCCGGCCAAGCGUCACCUCCUGGUCCAUCCUCUACUGCGACUGCGUCAUCGCCCGUCCCAGGCCAAAGUGAAACCGAAGCCGAUGGAGCAGUCUCCAAUAGUGACGAAACUGCCACACCAGCAAUUGAAGGGAAAAACCAAAAUCUUGCACAAUUCUCACCGCCAUCUCCGGUCAGCCCUACAAAGGGCAGCAUGGUUAAGCAGGAGCAAGGAGCAGUAGGCAAAGUUAGUUUAGAGGCUCGCAAUCUCUUUCCGCAAGCCGCCGAACCUCAGCCUCAGCCUCAGCCUCAACAUCCCACCCCUCCAUUGACACAGCACGAUACCGAUUCGCUUGAGAAACCUCAGCAGAACCCCGGCCAUAUCACUGGUGCAGUGAGCCCGUCUGUCAUUGAACCGGCCCAGACUGAACCAGUCUGAAUGAAUAUAGUUUCUUUUUACGACACUUGUUGACACAACGCUAGUUUGGGCAUAAUGUAUAGAAAGUCUUAGUCGUAGGAGAUGAUGCGUCCUGCAGGUGGCAAAGGGUGUCUGAAUACUGUUUGGCAUCUGGUGCACUCGACAGAAGCGUCGGAGUAAUCAUUUUUGUGUAAAUAAAAAACCAGUUCAACACAUGCUGAUUCA